AUGGAGAAAAGAUGGACUUACUGUGCUGUCUAUUCCAUCAUCCAGAUACACUUUGUCAGGGGAGUGUGGGAAGGAAAUUUCAGUGCAGGAGAAGAAAUUUAUGCUUUACCUGGCUCUGAUGUCAACCUGACCUGCAAAACACAAAAGAAAAGCUUUGUGGUACAAACACAAUGGUCCAAGGAGGUGGACCUCAUUGCUCUUUAUCAUCCCCAACAUGGCUUCCAUUGUGCCAACGGGAUUCCCUGCAAGUCACUGGUGACUUACACAGAUAUUCCUGGGAGUGUGACAAAAUGGACUCUGCACUUAAGGAAUGUGUCCUCCUUACUCAGUGGGAAGUAUGAGUGCAGCUUUAUUCUGUACCCAGAGGGCAUUCAGACUAAAAUCUACAACCUUCUCAUUCAAAAAAAUGUUACACAGGAUGAAUGGAGAAGGCACAAUAUAAAAGAAAUAGAGUUAAAUCAGACUCUGGAAAUACCAUGCUUGCAAAAUAUCAACUCAGAAAUUUCAUCUGAGUUCACCUUUGCAUGGUUGGUGGAGGAUAAUGGAACUGAGGAAACACUCAUCACCCAAGGUCAGUCCAUCAGCAAUUCUACAUUUAAAGACAGAGUCAAGCUAGGAGCAGACUAUGGGCUCUACCUCUCUCCAGUACAAAUCCACGAUAACGACCGGAAGUUCUUUUGCCACGUUACAGUCAGGCCUGGCAAAACAAUGAGGAGCUCUACCACGGUCAAGGUUUUUGCUAAGCCAGAAAUCCCCAUGAUUAUGGAAAAUAACUCCACAGGAAAGAAAACAUUUACCUGCUCACUGAGGAACGUAUUUCCUACAGCAAAUCUCACAUGGUUUACAGACAGUAGCUUUCCUCAGCGUGAAAGAAAAGAAAUAUACAUUCCUAAUGAAGAAAGAAAAGACAAAAGUGGAUUUUUGAACGUGAAGUCUAUUUUCCCAUUGGAGUAUGGCAAUGAACUGGCCCAGUCCAUCUGGUGUAUGGCUCUGAUUCCAAUGCCUGGAAAUAAGGUGUGGAAUAUCUCAUCCAAAAAGAUCACUUUUUCUUUGGGCUCAGUAAACCCUCCAACAGAUCCUGCACCCAGUGUCACAGAGUCUACCCUUGAGCCCCAGCCUUCUCCAGCCAACAGCAUAUCUCCUACAAGAUAUCCAGCUACAUCUUCAAAAGCUCUCGUAGAUGUGAGUGCAUUGACUCCAAACAACAAGCCUCAAACUAGCAAUUCCAGUGUGACUACCCAAGGCUUCAACUACUCCUGGACCUCCAGUGGGAAAGACACCAAAAACUCAACUUCAUGGAUGCCCAGUGAAACACAGAGUUCAUUCUCCUCGGGUGCAGGCUCGACACUUCAUGGUGAUAACAUCACCAGCACAAGCAAAGCAUUUUCAGAAAUUCCCACAACUGCCAAUAGAUCUACUAAUUAUAAUUACAUCCAUAUCACUGGUGUUGUGGUUAAUAAGCCCAAAGAUGGAAUGUCCUGGCCAGUGAUUGUAGCAGCUUUGCUUUUUAUCUGCCUGGUAGUGUUUGGUCUUGCCAUGAGGAAAUGGUGUCAAUACCAACAGGAAAUCAUGGAAAGACCCCCACCUUUCAAGCCACCUCCGCCUCCCAUCAAGUACACUUGCAUUCAAGAGUCCAUUGGAAAUGAUCUGCCCUGUCAUGAGUUGGAAACACUCUAG